AUGACGAUCAAGGAACUCAAGGAUACCUCCGAUGAGGGUCUCCGCAUUCUGAUUGUUGGUGCGGGCAUUGGUGGUCUUACUGCUGCUAUUGCGCUGAGACAGCAGGGCCAUCAUGUUGAGGUGAGACUGUCGUCGUUCCGUUGCCUGUCUCUUUUGUCACCUGGCACAAAGUGUGAAAUUUGUAAGAAGCUUUUCGAACGCUCACGCUUCGCAAACGAAGUCGGCGCCGCUAUCCAUCUGUCACCAAACGCUAACGGCGUUCUCCAACGGCUCGGAUUCGAUGCCACCAAGUUCGGCGCCGUAGAGGCGGAACAGCUUCGUGAAUACAAACCAUCCGGCGAGCCAGUGCACAUCGCAGAAUUGAAAAAAGCCGCUGGCAUGUGGAGACACCUCCAGCGCUGGCUCCUCGUCCACCGCGCCCACUUCCACGAAGGUCUCAAAGCCUUCGCUCAAGCCCCAGGCCGCGGACACCCCGCCAUCCUCCACACAGCCACCAAAGUAACCGAUAUCGAUCCGCACGCGGCAACUGUAACCCUCGAAGACGGCACAGUCAUAACUGGCGACGUGCUUAUCGGCGCAGACGGUGUCCAUUCCCUAACCCGCACCAAACUCCCCGUCAACCAUUCCCCCUUCAGCUCGGGUAAAAACGCCUUCCGCUUCCUGAUAACCCGCCAACAAGCCCUUGACGACCCGGAUACCAAUUCCGUUGCUCAAGAUUUCGGCGCAGUCGAUAUGUGGGACUCGUCUGAUAGACGUGUUGUCAUUUACCCAUGUGAUAAUAACAACUUACUCAAUUUCGUGUGUAUUCAUCCUGACUCGAUGACUACGAUCGAUGCAGGCGGGGAUUCAUAUAAUCAGCAGAUUGGAAAGGACACGCUGUUGGAAGUUUUCAAGGAUUUCAGUCCCCAGGUCAAGAAGCUGCUUGAGAAAGCUGAUCCGGCAACAUUGAAGUUGUGGCCUUUGUUGGACAUGGAGACUCUUCCGGAGUGGGUUCAUGGAAAACUUGCUGUGCUGGGUGAUGCUGCUCAUCCUUUCUUGCCUUAUCGGGCUUCUGGAGGUGCUAUGGCGAUUGAAGAUGCGGUCUCUUUGGCUGUUAUGUUGCCGAGGGGUGUGGAGAAGGGGGAUGUGGAGGAGAGGUUGAAAGUUUAUCAGAUCGCGAGACAUGGGCGUGCAACCACUAUCCAGCAGAUGACCCGCGAGUCGGCGCAGCUUAUCUCUAUGGAGAAGGCUAUGGCUAUGGUCGGAUAUAUCUACGGCCACGAUGAAUUCGACCACUCGGCUCAGGUCCUGCGCAAAUACCUCUGGUCCAAGAACCCGCACAUGUACUGGCGUCAGCCCAUCGUCUUCGGACCCAUGCCCGGCCCUCGACAGGACUGGAUGGGUAACGACCGGGCACUGAAAUCCGUCGAGUCCACCUUCAUGACAGCCUCAAUCAAGUUCAAGACUAGCCGCACACUACUGCAGAAUCUCUUCCCGAAUGACCGGUACAGCUUCACCUCGCCGAGUACUGUUGCGCGCGCCUCUUUCUCCCAGACCACGUUGAAUGGCAUGGACUGGCUCGGCGGUGGCGGAUACAGACAUAUCGGGCUGUAUAUCCACGGAGUGCAGUAUAAGAAAGAGAAUGGGGAGGUGCUGAAGGGUACAUACAUGCCUAUUCUGUUUGAAAAUCUCGCGGAUCCGAUUGUUUCGGGGCGUGAGGAGCUCGGCAUGCCGAAGCUGUAUACGGCUAUUGAUGUGCAUGAGCGACGCAGCUCGUAUCGCCUGCAGACGAGCUGGCAGGGGGCUGUGUGGGGCCACUUCGAGUUCGAGGAUCUAGAAGAUCAGGAUCAUGGGGCUGACAAGGGCACUAUUGGUGGGGAGGAUGAUGAUGGCAUUUUGGUUUAUCGAUAUAUUCCCAAGGUUGGCCGCGAUACUAAGGGUGAGGCGGAGGCGGAGUAUCCCGUUUUCGUGCCGCAUGCUCAGGAGUCGAAGGUUGUUCCGAGUGAGGUUACAAGGUUGAGACGGACGAAGAAUGCAAAGGUGGAGAUUAGUGGGCUUGGAUGGGAUGCGCUGCCUACACUGCAUCAUGUUGUGGAGAGGUUGGCGGAGAUUCCUAUUGACGAGGUCAUUGAUGCGAAAAUCACGGAGGGACGGGGUGUGCCUGAUGUGUCUAGUGCUCAGCGUAUUGAAUAG